CGCGCGCCCCCGUGGGCCCCCGGCGGGAGGAGAGUCGGCUGCCGGAGCCGUCACCCCGGGCGGGCACCGAGCGCAGGCGACUACGCGCGGCGGCCCGGCCCAGGGAGGGAGCGAGCGGGAGGGCGAGCGAGAGAACGGGGCCGGAGCAGCCGCUGGCGCCCGAGGGGCUGAGAGAGGUUAUAAACCAUGGCCGUGUGGAUACAAGCCCAGCAGCUCCAAGGAGAAGCCCUUCAUCAGAUGCAGGCGUUGUAUGGCCAGCACUUCCCCAUUGAGGUGCGGCAUUAUUUAUCCCAGUGGAUUGAAAGCCAAGCUUGGGACUCAAUAGAUCUUGAUAAUCCACAGGAGAACAUUAAGGCCACUCAGCUCCUGGAGGGCCUGGUGCAGGAGCUGCAGAAGAAGGCAGAGCACCAGGUGGGGGAAGAUGGGUUUUUACUGAAGAUCAAGCUGGGGCACUACGCCACACAGCUCCAGGGCAGCUCUCCAGCUGGAAGUCUUGCUGAUGCCAUGUCCCAGAAACACCUUCAGAUCAACCAGACAUUUGAGGAGCUGCGACUGGUCACGCAGGACACAGAGAAUGAGCUGAAGAAGCUGCAGCAGACUCAGGAGUAUUUCAUCAUCCAGUACCAGGAGAGCCUCAGGAUCCAGGCUCAGUUUGCCCAGCUGUCCCAGCUGAGCCCCCAGGAGCGUCUGAGCCGGGAGACGGCCCUGCAGCAGAAGCAGGUGUCCCUGGAGGCCUGGCUGCAGCGUGAGGCCCAGACGCUGCAGCAGUACCGCGUGGAGCUGGCGGAGAAGCACCAGAAGACCCUGCAGCUGCUACGGAAGCAGCAGACCAUCAUUCUAGAUGACGAGCUGAUCCAGUGGAAGCGGCGGCAGCAGCUGGCCGGGAAUGGCGGGCCCCCCGAGGGCAGCCUGGAUGUGCUGCAGUCCUGGUGUGAGAAGUUGGCCGAGAUCAUCUGGCAGAACCGGCAGCAGAUCCGCAGGGCUGAGCACCUCUGCCAGCAGCUGCCCAUCCCCGGGCCAGUGGAGGAGAUGCUGGCCGAAGUCAAUGCCACCAUCACAGACAUCAUCUCAGCCCUGGUGACCAGCACAUUCAUCAUCGAGAAGCAGCCCCCUCAGGUCCUGAAGACCCAGACCAAGUUUGCAGCCACCGUGCGCCUGCUGGUGGGCGGGAAGCUGAACGUGCACAUGAACCCCCCUCAGGUGAAGGCGACCAUCAUCAGCGAGCAGCAGGCCAAGUCCCUGCUCAAGAACGAGAACACCCGCAAUGAUUACAGCGGUGAGAUCUUGAACAACUGCUGUGUCAUGGAAUAUCACCAAGCCAUGGGCACCCUCAGCGCCCACUUCAGAAAUAUGUCCCUGAAACGAAUUAAGAGGUCUGACCGUCGUGGGGCAGAGUCAGUGACAGAAGAAAAAUUUACAAUUCUGUUUGAAUCACAGUUCAGUGUUGGUGGAAAUGAACUGGUUUUUCAAGUCAAGGUAAAACCCUCCCUUCGCUGUGUGUGUUUGUGUGUGUGUGUAUGUUGGUGUAUAAUAUGUGUGUCACGAAAGAACUGGGGCAGGGUGCCAUUUGCUGUGCCUGACAAAGUGCUGUGGCCGCAGCUGUGUGAGGCGCUCAACAUGAAAUUCAAGGCCGAAGUGCAGAGCAACCGGGGCCUGACCAAGGAGAACCUCGUGUUCCUGGCACAGAAACUGUUCAACAGCAGCCACAGCCACCUCGAAGACUACAACAACAUGUCUGUGUCCUGGUCCCAGUUCAACAGGGAGAAUUUACCAGGACGGAAUUACACUUUCUGGCAGUGGUUUGAUGGCGUGAUGGAAGUGUUAAAAAAACAUCUCAAGCCUCAUUGGAAUGAUGGGGCCAUUCUGGGUUUUGUGAACAAGCAACAGGCCCACGACCUGCUCAUUAACAAGCCGGAUGGGACCUUUCUGCUGAGAUUCAGUGAUUCAGAAAUUGGUGGCAUCACCAUUGCGUGGAAGUUCGAUUCUCAGGAGAGAAUGUUUUGGAAUCUGAUGCCUUUCACCACUAGAGACUUCUCUAUCCGGUCCCUAGCCGACCGCUUGGGAGACUUGAAUUACCUUAUCUAUGUGUUUCCUGAUCGGCCGAAAGAUGAAGUAUACUCCAAAUAUUAUACGCCAGUUCCCUGCGAGCCUUCUACUGGUAAAGCAGGGGAUGGAUACGUGAAGCCACAGAUCAAACAAGUGGUCCCUGAGUUUGUGAAUGCAUCUGCGGAUGCCGGGGCCAACGCCACAUACAUGGACCAGGCGCCCUCCCCAGCCGUUUGCCCCCAGGCUCACUAUAACAUGUACCCACCAAACCCUGACUCAGUCCUGGAGACUGAGGGGGACUUCGAUCUGGAAGACACAAUGGACGUGGCGCGGCGUGUGGAGGAACUCUUAGGCCGACCAAUGGACAGUCAGUGGAUCCCUCAUGCACAGUCGUGACCCCUUGACCUCUCUUCACCUUCAGCUUCUUCGUCCUCGCUGAGGAAUCACUCUUGUGGAUGUUCUAAUUCCAUGAAUCGCUUCUCUUUGGAAAAAAUACUCAUAAUGUGAAGUGUUAAUACUAGUUGUGACUUUAGUGUUUCUGUGCAUGGUGGCACCAGUGAAGGGAGUGUGAGUGUAUGUGUGUGUGCAUGUGUGUGUGUGUGUGUUUGCACGUUGUGGUGUUUUUGCUCUUGCUGUCCAGAGUUUAGUAGGGGCCACUAACUGAGGCUCUGCUUAUUUUUACCUUGUGCAAAAAGGCAGUUGGUUCCAUGAACCCUGGAACUUGGCCACAUGUCUUAGAGGUGACAGAAGUUUGACAUGUGACUGUUCCAUUAAGAGAAGGACAAAGGGAGAAGAGGGCCCCCCUCCCUGGUGAGUGUUUGUCACCCUGUCUGCCAACCAAGUGAUACAUAACAGUGACAGAUUUUCUAUGCUUUUCUUCUGAAAUGUAGAUAACUUAACCUUUUCACAGAGAAAGCCAGUUCUCCCUGUGCCCCUGCGUCCCCUGCUCUUGGAUAAGGAGGGGAACAGGGCAGGUUACAAAGAUUGCUGGGGCAAGGGAAAGGACAGGUUUUCAGAUGGGUGGUGGCUUUUUAUAUAUCACUUAACCCAUAUUGACAUUCUCUCUUUGUCCUUCUUUCUCAUCCUAUCCCCUGCCCUGUGGAAUUGCCACUCAGUUCCUCUGUGUGUACACAUGUACAGAUGUGUUUGGUGAAAUAGAGGAAAGAAAAGAAGGUCGCAUAACUAAGAACUUAGUGUUGGUGUCCUUUGAAUGGUGGCCAAAGAGGUGCCUAGCCCUGACUUGUGGAUGCUAAGAGCGUUGCCUUGUUAUCCAGGGGAGCUGCCCAUCCUUCCUCUGAGCCACAGGCACGAUCUGGGGCUUUCUUAAGACUUAUCGAUAAUGGCUUUUUGCAAAUGUUGAAUGGUGUUUUUGUUUCUAAAUUAGAUCUUUUUCUGUUUUCCCAUUUCCACCCUAAUUUGGCAUCGAAAUUCUCUCUUCCUGCAUCCAUGCCGAGUUGUUUACACCCAAGUCACUUCAUUUCCCUUCACUGUCCACGUGUAAUGUCCUGAGGAGCAAGUGACAAGAAUGUGGUCUGAACAGGGGCCAACUUGUCCAAUAGGAGCUCACUCUGCGGGGGGCUGCUGGGCAUCAGGCUUGGGUAAUGUGGGGAAAUGCGGUCAGCAGGUUUGCCGGGAAAUUUGGUGAACUAUAAAAACAAAAUGAAAAAGCCUCAGCGUAAUUGUGUUCUACAGUUUCUUCUAUAGCUUUAUGCCAGAAGGAAAGAAUGGGCUGUCUCAGGUGGGCGGGGCUGGUGAGCAGGCCUAGCUUGUAGGGAAGGCCUACAAGGCCACUCCUGGUCCCCCUCUCCAAAAGAAGGGCAUGACCACACCUAGGAGAGGAUGGUCCUAAAAACCUUAUUUUUAUACAUGUGAGUAAAUAAACAGAUAUUUUUUUUACAAAAGUAACCUCUGAAUUUAUCAGUGUUUUGCUGUUAAAGGAAAAUAUUCCUCUGUAGUAAAUUAUUUAUUGGAAGAUGACUUUUUAAAAGCUGCUGUUUGCCUUGGCUUGGUUUCAUACACUGAUUUAUUUUUCUAUGCCAGGCAGUAGACUCUCUCUGACUCUGAGAAGCAGGCUGACCCUUCCAUGGAUACCAGCAUUGAUGAAGGAGGUUGCUAAGCCCCCUCCCGACCCCUCAGGAUUUGAUGACAAUUCCAACCAUGAGGAUGGGCACAUUAGGGAAGGGUAUAACGGAAAGCUUGACUACUUGGGGACCCAGGCUCAAAGAGCGCUCCCUGCUGGUCACUCAGAGAUGCUUCACCAGCACCUGCCUCUGAGAUCACCCUCUUUGUUCCACCAACCCUGGGCAGGGGAGGGGUUGACCAUAAUCUCAGGCUAGGAGUGGACCCAACCCAGGGCCUGCUGAGGACUGAGCAGUCUAGCUGCCCUGGCUGCUCUGAGCUCAUUUUGCAAUUGGCAUUGCAUUGGGAAAGAAGAGGGCUGAAGAGCGUGGCAUUCCUGAGUGUGGCUGAGCUGUCCUCAGUUCUACUGAGACUGGCAAGAGAUGGGGAGAUUUUCGACUGAAUGGUGCGCUCACUCUCUGCAUUCUAUUUUCUCUCUUCUCUCUGUUCCUGCAAACCACAAGAAGAGGCAAUGGCGCGUCUAGACCCCCUCAGCCUCUCACCAACUCCCAGACACACACAUGCACAUGCACACACAUGUGCAUCCUCAAAAGUUUCAGCUCGGUGUGUGGUAUGUGCAGUUUUGUAGGGGAUGGGGGGAGACUAAAAGCAAAUAUAACUUAAAAUGAAAGUAUACUUUUUAUAAUUUUUCUUUUUAAAACUUUGUGAAAUUAAUUCAGAUACAUAUUUUAGUGUCAAGACAGAUUAGUUAUGUAGCCACCCAAAAAGUCUUGUGUACAAUUUGGGGCAGUCACAAAACUGUAUUUUAUGUUACAAUAAAAGCUUCCUCUGAAG